AUGCCAAUCUCACCGAUCAUCACAUUUAAGGCCGGCCAGUGCGAGGUCGAUACCUCCUCUAAGCCUUACAAGGUGAAGCCUCAGCCUGAGCCAGGCUACAUCUACCUAUACUCCGAAGAUGAUCUCGUGCAUUUCUGCUGGCGCAAGCGCAGCUCGCCCGUUGACGACCCCGAGGUGGACCUUAUCAUGGUCCCUACCGAUGGCAGCUUCACUCCCUACGAAUCCACAACAUCUUCUGAACCCACCUCCAAGACCGAUGGCCGUAUCUUUGUCCUGAAGUUCUCUUCGUCUUCCCAACGACACAUCUUCUGGCUACAGUCGAAGCCACAGAGCGAGAAUGGAGACCCAGCCUACUACAGUCCCCGUGAUCGCAAGAUCGGCGACAUCGUCCAUCGCCUGCUACAGGGCGAGGAAGUCGAUGUGUCUGAGGAGAUGUCCACUGUUCGCAACAACGACCACGACGAUGAUGAGGAUGAGACUAUGGAGGACGCCGAGAACCAGCGCCCCCAGGGACACCGAGGCAGCGGAGGUGCGGGACCUGAUGCUACAGGAGGAGAUGUUCGAGAGGAGGGCGAGGGCUCGCGAGAGGGAGGAGCUGAUGGUGCUAGAGCGGUCUCUUCCUCAGCCCCUGAUGCUGAUGCCGCUGCUGCUGUGAGGAACUUCCUGGAUUCUCUCCGAGGUCAAUCAGGCCCCUCUGGCGGGCAGCAGCAGCAACAACAAGGUGCUGACAAGGCGUACCCGUACCUCAACCACCUACUCCCGACCUCUAUCACGGUACCCAUGAUCGAGUCAGCCCCUGAAGAGUUUGCCGACACAUUAAUCAGCUUCCUUCCACCUACUGUUGUCGUCCUUGCAAGUGGUUCAUCAGAUGCUGUCGACGGCAAGUCCGACCCACCGACAGCGACUGUGGAAGCUGCUAAGGCCUCCCUAUCUCUUGACGACAAGCGAACGUUAUUGAAGAAGGUCAUGCGAAGCCCUCAGUUCAACCAGGCCCUGGCAAGUCUAACGAUGGCUAUUCGUGAUGGUGGUCUGCCUAGCAUUGCCGAUGCUCUUGGAGUCAAGGUCCAGGAUGGUGGAUAUCUACGAGGAAGUGGCAUGCCUAUGGGUGGUGGUCAGGCUGUCGAGGCAUUCGUGAACGGUGUGAAGAAGACUGUUGAGGAGGAGAAGAAAUGA